AUGGCUUCUUUCCUUCCUAGUUUGGUCCUUUUCUGCUCUUGUUUUUCUCUUCUUGCUUUCAUAUCUGCGGCGACACUCAAAACCCAACUCCAAAUCCCCAUCAGGCCGAACAAGCUUGUCCUCAGGGUGCAGAAAGAUGAUGCAACCAAUCUUCAUGUGGCCCAAAUUUACAAAAGAAACCCUUUAGUCCAAUUCCCCUUCGUGAUUGACCUAAAUGGGAGGUUCUUAACAGAAAAUUGUGAGAACCAGUACUUGUCAUUGGGUUACAAUGCCCCAUUUUGCCACUCGACGCUGUGCGCUAGAGCUAAUCCUAAUAGCCCGAUGACAUGCCGCACAUGCUCCUCUAGAACCCAAAUAGGGUGCCACCCCAACGCGUGUGGGCUCAUGACCACAAACCCCGUGACGCGUCAAAGCGCCUUAGGUGAGCUUGCGCAGGAUGUCCUAACAAUCUCAUCAACCCAAGGCUCAGGUCCCGGCCCAAUGGUCCAAAUCCCUCAAUUCCUAUUUGCAUGUGCACCUUCCAGCAUAUUGCAAAAUGGGUUACCCAAAAACGUUCAAGGUAUUGCUGGUCUAGGUCAUUCCCCAAUUUCCCUACCUUACCAACUAGCAUCCCACUUUGGAUUCCCACCAAAAUUCGCCGUGUGCCUUCCUCCUUCAUCUGUCCGAAGUGGCGUCGUUUUCUUUGGGGAAGGACCUUAUUUCAUGAAACCGAACAUCGACGUGUCGCAGAAGUUGACCUACACCCCACUGAUCAUAGGCAGGCAAGGAGAGUACUACAUAAACGUUCAAUCCAUCAAAAUCAACAACAAGAUUGUUCCACUCAACACAUCUCUCUUGCCCUACACACCAGAACAAGGGGUUGGUGGGACAAUGAUCAGCACCACAACUCCCUACACAAUCCUCCAAACCUCAAUCUUUAGGGCAGUCAAUCAGUUCUACAUCAAUCAGCUGCAAGUGCUCCAAGUGACACCCGUGGCGCCAUUCGGGGUGUGUUUCGAUGCAAGGAGAUACAUCGGCAACAGCACGGCCGCAUUUCCCAGCAUAGACCUUGUCCUAGAUAACAACCAGAACAUCAUCUGGAGGAUAUCUGCUCCAAACAUUUUCGUCCAGCCACGUCCCUUCAUAGGGUGUCUAGGUUUUGUGGACGGCGGGAUGAAGCCUCAGGCUUCGAUCGUGAUCGGGGCAACGCAGUUGGAGGAAAAUCUGCUGCAGUUUGAUUUGACGAACUCAAGGUUGGGAUUUAGCAAUUACUUGUUCCCCAGGACUAGUUGUACCAACUACAACUUUGGCAGAUCCUCCACCAGUGCUGAAGAAUCUACUGAGUCCACUGAUGAGCCAUAAAUUGUGAUCUCCCUAGUGAGAGAUUAUGAUAUAAGGGUGUCUGUGUAUGUUGGUUAAAUAAAGUCCAAGUAAAAUGUAAAGCUUUAAGCUUUUGUGCUUUGGUGGAGUCUCUUAUUAAGAGACCGGAUAAAUAAAGCUC